ACUUAUAUCCUUCAUCACCCUCGAAUAUGUAUUGUUAUAAUUUGUUCAUUAUAUAAAGAGGGUACAAAUCUGAUCUUCCUCUUUCUUUAACAUGAAGAAGUGGUCGAAGAUGUUUACAUUCUGAAAAGUCAGCGUCUCUUACUCUCGUUUCAUCAGCCAUUCUACUUUUUAUUCUCCUACUUUUUCCAAGAAAAUUACAAUUUUUUCCUAGGAGAAUAAUCCAACAUCACUGAUUAGCAACCAUUCUUUUCCCAUUCUUUUUUAAUUUGCUAUUUUCGUUGUGUAUAUAUAUCAUAUAUACAUAUAAGCACACACAAGCGGAUUAUACAUACAUGUUAUGUGCAGCGUCUCUGAAUCUUUAGACAUGGACAACUUCCAAGGAGACCUAACAGACGUUGUACGAGGUAUCGGGUCAGGACACGUUUCAUCAUCUACUGGGCCAUCGGAAGGUCCAUCUCCGAGCAGUUUGUCUCCGCCACCGAUUUCAGAUGUCCCCUCCGUCGCUAGUUGUCAGAUAAAUCCCUUCGGCGACCCGUUCGUAAGCAUGACAGAUCCUCUCUUCAACCUCACGGCUAACAAAAGCAACAACAGCUUCGAAGUCUUUCCAGAGGUUUCUGAGGAUGAUCAUAUCAAGAGUAAAUGCAGUGUCUUCCCAAGAAUCCAGAUCUCACAGAGCAACAUCAUCCAGGAUGCCUCCAAGUGUAGUUCCCAAGCUAUGGCCGUCUCCUCCGCCGUCGCAGCAGCUUCGCCGUGGGGAAUGAUCAACGUUGUCGGCACUAACAGUCCAAGAAACUGUUCAAUGGUCGAUAAUAAUAACAACACGUCAUCUUCUUCGCAGAUUCAGAUCUCUUCCCCUCGGAAUCUUGGCAUAAAGAAGAGGAAGGGGCAGGGAAAGAAAGUGGUGUGCAUACCGGCUCCAGCCGCCAUAAACAGCCGGUCCAGUGGGGAAGUAGUUCCGUCUGAUCUGUGGGCUUGGCGUAAGUACGGUCAAAAACCAAUCAAAGGUUCUCCUUAUCCCAGGGGUUACUACAGAUGUAGCAGCUCGAAAGGUUGUCCAGCUAGGAAACAAGUGGAACGUAGCCGCACCGAUCCAAACAUGUUAGUCAUUACUUAUACAUCUGAGCAUAACCAUCCAUGGCCCACUCAACGCAACGCUCUCGCCGGCUCCACUCGUUCUUCUAUCUCCUCCUCUUCAAACCCUUCUUCCAAAUCCUUAACUUCAAUCGCAACGGCAAUUACCUCGUCCUCAUCCAGAGUCUCUCAAAACAAAGACGAACCCAAUAAGUCCCACUUGGCCUCCUCCUCCACCCCUCCUUCUCCUUAUGUGGCUGCGACAGUCAAGGAGGAGGACGUUGAGAAGGGUGAGAACAAAAUGGAGUUCGAUAAUGACGUUGACGAUACCUAUAGACCGGAGUUUCAACAUCAGCCGGAGGGUUUCUUCGCCGAUCUUGACGAGCUAGAGGAAGAUUCUCUAACUAUGUUACUCUCUCAAGGAUUCUCAUCAGGAGGUGGAGGCAACCUAGAGAACAAAACGACGAUUCCCGACGUUUUUAGCGAUUUCUUUGACGACGACUCCUCAAGGUCGUUAUAAAAAUUCGUAUAAUGUAUACAUAUAUAGAAAUGAAUUUGUCAUGAAUUUCGUGUAAUUCGGUUGAGCUAAAUGCAUAUAUUAGCCCUGGUGUACAUCACAGGCGUAGUCGAUGAGGGUAAUCUCUUCAUUUACCAUACAAUUUUUUA